AACUCUUCUUUUCUUCUUCAGAUCCCAAUUAGAAAACUCCACACCCUAAUCCCCCAUACAUCUUCUUCCUCCCCGAUCCCGUUGCUUUCCCUUAUCCUUCUAUCAUGGCUUGCAUCAAGGGGGUGGGCAGAUCCGCCUCCGUCGCGCUGGCUCCCGACGCUCCUUACAUGGCCGCCGGAACCAUGGCCGGAGCCGUGGAUCUCUCCUUUAGCUCUUCCGCCAAUCUGGAGAUAUUCAAGCUCGAUUUUCAGUCCGAGGAUCGCGAUUUGCCACUGGUCGGUGAAAUCCCGAGCUCGGAGCGGUUCAAUAGACUCGCGUGGGGAAAAAACGGAUCUGGUUCAGAGGAAUUCUCCAUGGGCCUAAUUGCCGGUGGGCUUGUCGAUGGGAAUAUAGAUCUGUGGAAUCCGCUUUCUCUAAUCGGUUCUAAGUCGAGUGAGAGUGCACUCGUUGGACAUCUUUCAGUUCACAAAGGGCCUGUACGUGGUCUUGAGUUUAAUCCUUUCACCCCAAAUCUACUUGCCUCUGGUGCUGAUGAUGGUGAAAUUUGCAUUUGGGAUCUAACUAAGCCUACUGAGCCUUCUCAUUUUCCCCUUCUCAAGGGUACUGGUUCUGCCACGCAAGGUGAAAUCUCUUUUAUUUCGUGGAACAGAAAAGUUAGCCAGAUAUUAUCAUCUACCUCAUACAAUGGCACUACUGUAAUAUGGGACUUGAGGAAGCAGAAGCCAAUUAUUAACUUUGCAGAUUCUGUUCGACGUCGGUGCUCUGUUUUACAAUGGAACCCUGACAUUGCUACUCAGAUCAUGGUUGCAUCAGAUGACGACACUUCACCUACUCUCAAGCUCUGGGACAUGAGGAAUACAAUGUCACCUGUGCGCGAGUUUACUGGACACGAAAAAGGCGUGAUUGCAAUGGAGUGGUGUCCAAGUGACAGUUCAUAUCUUCUUACCUGUGCUAAAGACAACCGAACUAUUUGCUGGGACACUAAUACAGCAGAGAUUGUGGCCGAGUUACCUGCUGGCAACAAUUGGAAUUUUGAUGUUCAUUGGUAUCCAAAGAUUCCUGGAGUUAUAUCAGCAUCUUCAUUUGAUGGGAAAAUUGGCAUCUACAACAUCGAGGGUUGCAGUCGCUAUGGUGCUGAAGAGAAUACUUUUGGUACUGCUCCCUUAAGAGCACCAAAAUGGUAUAAGCGCCCAGUUGGUGCAUCAUUUGGAUUUGGAGGAAAGCUUGUAUCCUUUAAUGCAAAGGCCCCUGUUAAGGGGGCCUCAAGCAUUAUAUCUGAGGUUUUUCUGCACAGCCUGGUAACAGAACAGAGUUUGGUGAGUCGAACUUCUGAAUUUGAUGCCGCAAUAGAAAAUGGUGAUAAGACUUCUCUAAGGGGUUUGUGUGAGAAGAAAUCUGAAGAGACUGAAUCCGAAGAGGAGAAAGAGACAUGGGGCUUGCUGAAAAUCAUGUUCGAAGAUGAAGGAGCUACAAGGACAAAGUUGAUCAGCCAUCUCGGCUUUAGUUUGCCUUCUGUGGAAACGGAUCAGGCAGUGGAUGGGCUCUCGUCAGAUCUAAAUAGCCUUGGACUAGAAGAUACUGCGGCACAUGCACUGGAGCCUUUGGAAACUAACGAGGCAGCUGCAUUUGCUAUGGACAAUGGAGAAGACUUCUUUGACAACUUUCCUGCUAAACCUGAUACACCUGUAUCUACUAAAUCUGCCAAAGAUUUUGUGCCUCCUGAGACAGAUUUUACUGGCAAAUUAGAAGAAACUCAAGAAAUCCCAGAAGAAGAGGAAGAAAGUUCUGACCUAGUAUUUGAUAAUGCCAUCCAGCGUGCUUUAGUUGUUGGCGAUUACAAGGAAGCGGUUGAUCAGUGUAUAUCGGCAAAGAAAAUGGCUGAUGCUUUAGUUAUUGCUCAUAUUGGUGGUACAUCAUUGUGGGAGAGCACUCGUGAGAAAUAUCUGAAGACGAGCAGGGCACCUUACAUGAAGGUUGUUUCUGCGAUGGUAAACAACGAUCUCACAAGCCUUGUCUAUACAAGGUCGCACAAGUUCUGGAAAGAAACUCUUGCUCUCCUCUGUACUUUUGCACAAGGAGAACAAUGGGCCACCUUGUGCGAUGUCCUUGCCUCAAAGCUGAUGGAUGCUGGUAACACUUUGGCUGCAGUUCUGUGUUACAUUUGCGCAGGCAAUGUUGAUAGAACAGUAGAAAUUUGGUCAAGGAGCCUUGCGAACGAGCGUGAAGGAAGAUCUUAUGCUGAGCUUCUCCAAGAUCUUAUGGAGAAGACUCUUGUUCUUGCUUUGGCAACUGGCAACAAAAAGUUCAGCGCAUCUCUUUGUAAACUCUUUGAGAGUUAUGCUGAGAUAUUGGCCAGCCAAGGGCUUCUUACAACGGCAAUGAAGUACUUGAAAGUUUUGGAUUCUGGUGGCUUGUCACCUGAACUUUCUAUAUUACGUGAUCGUAUUUCCCUUUCUGCAGAACCUGAGACUGACACUACAGCUUCAGGCAACAUUCAGCUUCAAAGCACCAUACCAUAUAAUCAGGAGCCAACGCAGUCGCAACAAAACAUUAUCAGUAACCCAUAUGAGAAUCAGUAUCAACAACCAUACACUGAUUCUUAUGUUGGAGGAUAUGUGCCCCCAGCGUCAUAUCCACCCAUGCAACAAGCAACCAUGUUUAUGCCUCAACAAGCUCCGCCAGCACCGCAGGCAUCAUAUCCUCCGGCACCUGCAAGCAAUGCUCAGCCAUCCAUGAGAACUACUUUUGUUCCGUCAACUCCCCCUGCACUGAAGAACGCAGACCAGUACCAGCAGCCAACCAUUGGUUCUCAUUCAUUCACUGGACCAUCUAACAAUGCAUACCCCGUUCCUCCUGGUCCUGGUUCAUAUGCAUCUUCUGGCCCUUCACAAAUUGGGCAGUAUCCUAACCCUUCACAAAUUGGGCAGUAUCCAAACCCUUCACAAAUUGGGCAAUAUCCUAACCCCAACAUGCCUCAAGUAGUUGCUCCAGGAGCUAGACCCAUAGGAUUUACACCUAUGUCAACUCCAGGAGUUGCUCCAAGAUCUGUUAUGGGUUCUGUGCAACCAGCAAGUCCUCCAACUCAGCAGGCAGCUAUGCAGGCAGCCCCUGCCCCUGCCCCUGCAGCUCCGCCACCAACUGUUCAGACUGCAGAUACUUCCAACGUCCCAGCCCACCAGAAACCUGUGAUAGCAACAUUGACAAGGCUUUUCAAUGAGACAUCGGAAGCACUGGGAGGCGCACGUGCAAAUCCUACCAAGAAGCGUGAGAUAGAAGACAACUCAAAGAAAUUAGGAGCUCUGUUUGUGAGACUGAAUAGCGGAGACAUCUCCAAGAAUGCUGCCGAUAAACUCGCACAGCUCUGCCAGGCUUUGGAUAAUCAUGACUUCGGUGCAGCCCUUCAGAUACAGGUACUUCUGACGACCAGCGAGUGGGAUGAGUGCAACUUCUGGCUUUCGACAUUGAAGCGGAUGAUCAAAGGCAGGCAAAAUAUGCGGUGAUUGUACUCUUUUUUUUGGUCUUCCUUUCUGGGUCGGUUAAAUUAUAAAUCCACAGGAGAGACAUGUGUAUCAGACUCCUUUUGCUUUCUUAAUUUUUGUUCUCUUUUAGAACGCCGCUACUGCUGUUGUUCCAGUCUCUUUUUUUUUUUCUAUAUAUACAUCUAUGAACAAGAUUACCCACAUUUGUUUAAGAAAAGAUAGAAUCAGACUGCUUCAGGACAAGUUUGAUUUUUCUCUUUUUUCUGUAAUAUUUACU